AUGGCCGCCACCGGGUCGCACCCGGCCACGCCUUCGACAGGAGCCGCUCCCGUCGAGGCUACAGCGAGCGCUUCUCGCCAUGCCGCAAGCGCCGCCGCCACAUCAGCCGCCGCCGCGGGCCCUGGAUCCCCCCGCAACAAUGACGCCGCCGUGGCCCAGGUCCACAGGACCCUUCAAGCCCUAGUGCACUCUCUAGGCUCCCAACAUCAGCUCCAAUCGCAGAUUGCCGAGCUUGAACGCGAGAUAAACGCUGCCCUUCGGCUCAUCCCGGACAGGGGCCGCUCACAUGGUUCGUUACGCGCGCACGAGACCCAGUCGCCUUCUCGUGACCUUGCGACCGAUUUUUCUUUGCUCGCUCCCUCGCCCGCGGCGCACCCGUCUGCCCGCGAUGGCGAAGUGGCGUUUGGCCUGGCCUCCAAUCGCCCUCUACCCCGGCUCCCGAGAGAGCCCGUGCACGCUCCACUCGAGGAGGACAUUUACAUCACCGUAUUAAAGGUAUAUGUCCAGUACAGUGUAAUGUGUGUGGACAAGGCGAUUGUCACAGAGGUAUCCAACCAGUGGAAGUGUACACGAGAACAUGGAUUGAAGCAAGGCGAAGGAACAAGACAGAACAAGACAGAAGGAGGGAAGUAA